AUAUUUCCCCCCUCCAUGUCUGCUCUAUCUAAUUAGGAGUCUAAUGAUUCAGCGUUAAUGAUUACUUCUCUGUCAAAUGCCUUUCAUGAGCACCAGACAAACAAAGAGAAAGUGGGAAGAAAGAAUGAAAGACAUUGAAGAGCUAGCAUCUCAGUAUCAAAAAAAGCCACUAUGCUCACCUUACAGACCACUGUUGUCCAAACCUUGGCAACCAUCCUCUGUUUGGAAGCUGUUUCAUCGUCAAAUCCAAGCAUUUAACUUUGCCAAGAAUUGUAAAGAGGAUGUCCAUGUAUUUGCAUUGGAAAAGAAUGCUGAAAACAAGCAGAGGUUUUACCUUGUGACAACUUACACAGAACUUUGGUUUUAUUACAACAAACAUUAUGAAACAAAUCUCAUGCAUUGCUAUGAAGUUAUUCCAGAAAAUGCUGUUUGCAAAUUGUACUUUGAUUUGGAAUUUUACAUACCAACGAAUCCAGGAGCUGAUGGACAGCAGAUGGUUGCAGUCUUGAUAGAGUUCAUUUGUAAAAAAUUAGAACAACACUAUGGAGUGAAAUGUUCAGCUGAAGAUGUUUUGAAUUUGGAUUCUAGCACUGAAGAAAAGUUUAGUCGCCACUUAAUAUUUCAACUCCACAACUCUGUUUUUAAAAAUAAUAUUGAUAUAGGUAAUUUUUUAAGGGCAAGUUUUCAACCUGCUGUUCUUUUAACUAAGAAUAAAGAUCCUUUGGUUCCAGAGGAAGAGGUGGUCUCUAAUGUCUCUCAGAGUUAUGAAGCAGUUGGUUAUUUGCCUAGUUGUCUUGAAAACCAGACGGUAACCAAGGGCUUAUCACAGAGCUGGCAGCUGAAUUCACACAGAACACAGGAGAAAGAGAUAUCUCAACAGACAGAAAAUCCAGAUCUUUCUUUUCUUAUAGUGAAUGGAAAACAUGGAGAAAAGCAACUAUUUGUGGAUCUUGGUGUUUAUACAAAGAACAGAAACUUUCGACUGUACAAAUCAUCAAAAGCAGGAAAAGGUGUCAUUUUAGACAUUGCUAAAGAUAACAAGUUUGUUCCUGAAUCUGUAGAGAAUACUUCCAUGGAAGAGCAGUAUUUCCUUUCCUCUUUGGUGUGUAAUGUGAGAUUUUCAAGUUGUUUAAAAAUGUUGUCCUGUGAUAAUCCAGAAAAGACAAAAACAGAGUCUGUUUGUUUAGGUGGCAGCCUUUCCAGUAGCAGCACAGUCCCCAUUGGAGGAUACCAGAGUUCGCCCUAUCCAGAAAUUGAUAACUUCGUUGUGUCUUUAGUCAAUAAAGAUAACAUUCAAGGAGGGAUACGACAAUGGAAUUAUUUUUCUCUUGAAGAGCUUCUUGUGUAUGACAUCUCCAAGUAUUGCUGGUGUAGAAAUAUUGGCAGAGCGCACAGAAGUAACAAUAUAAUGAUUGUAGUAGAUCUGAAAAGGGAGAUCUGGUAUCAAAAAUGUCAUGAUCCUGUUUGCAGAGCAGAAAACUUCAAGUCAGAAUGUUUUCCAUUACCAUCUACAAUAUGCCUCCCAUUCCUUUUUAAAGAGGAUGAAAACUAUUUAUAUAUAAUGGACAGAAAUGGGAACAUAGAAGAAAAGGCCAACAUUCAUAAUUCUACAGGUUUGCCAUUAACAAAAUAUGAAAAUAUAGGACAAAACCAAAGAACUUCAAGUGCUGGGCUGGAUGAUGAGCUUGAUGACAUAUGUUUUUUGGAAGCUUCAGAAGAUGUGGAACUAGCUGAUGCUGUUACUGAUUUACAUCCUCAGAAGAGCUGCGUCAUUGAUGAGAUACCAGAUGAACUCCUAAUAGAUGCUUUAAGAAAACAUGAAGUUGAUGACGUUCAGGUGUAGGUGGGCAAAUAAUUAACUUGGUGUUGACGUGGCACUGUAACCACAUAUUUUACAAUUCAUUUAGAUCAAAAUACCUGUAUCAUUCAUAGAAUAGGGACUUUGCUGACACAGAAUGGGGACUGCAGCAUUAACUGCUUAAUAGAAGAGAAAAAGAUUUCCUUCAUUUCAGGGUGGGUUUCCCUCUCCUUCCUCCCUAUUACCAUUGUCAGACCAAAAAAGAACAUAUUGGUUUGAUGUAACCUGCACUAUCCCUGUACUCUUGAUGACAGUAAAAUGAAUUCUCAUAAGUAGGGCUCAAAUGAAAAGCUAUUAUCUUUUAUUGUAUUUAUUAUUUCAGCUGAAACACACUAAUAACACUUCCUUAUACACAUCAGUACAAUCUGCAUUUUUACGCAAAAAUAUCAAAAUUAGCUUUAUUGGAUUACUAGUUAAUACUUAGAGAGAAGACAGAAAAGUAUCUGCAUACAACUUGCCUUCUGUCAUUCCUAAGCUCAUCAGAAAAGCUUCUGAAGUAAUAGAAUUUCCCAGAGUUUGGUCUGUCCUACCUUCACUAAGCAUAUAACAAAUCAAGUGACAAUAAUUUAUACCUUCUUAAGAAUUAUUUUGGAAAAGAUUACUGCUCAUGUGCUGAAAAACCUGAUAUCAGAAUAUGACAAAUACACCAAUAGCAAAAUCAUACACACAUUGCACAUAAAUUAAAAAGCUGCAGCAAUCUGUGCCAAGCUUGUGUGCUUGAUACAAUAUGCAGUCAAAGCAGUUGUAUACUAAGCCAUUUUGGUGCUCUGCAGGUCUAUUGAGUUAUUUCUCUGUUUCAACAUUUAAGACUAAUUGUCCUAUUAAAAGUUCUGCAUUAUUGUUUGUAUUUCAUUUUUUCUCUACUUGUUCUGCAAAUCCAACAUUUGUUGUAAUUUUGAGUUUAUAUUUUGAAAGUGACUUUCAGCUCCUAAAAUCCUUCGUGAUUCCACCAAGAGGGCAGGAAGACUCUGAACUCCAUACUAUAGAAAAAAGAGAAAGUUAUAUUACUGCAGGACAUCACUUUGUGAGCUAAUUUCCUCACAUCAGUUCUGUGCUACAUAUUUCUGUCAUUAAGACAGGAAGUAUCUGCAAGUGUUUUUUGUUCAUGGCUCCCAGGAUCCAAUGUGAGCAAAUUGUUAAUAUCAGAAUUGUGUUAAGUUGUUCAUGUCUGGAAGCAUAUUUGUAAUGAAAACCUUUAUAUCAAGACAAUUGUAAGUAUUUAAAUGGAAGAUGUCACAUUAAAAGGACUUUUGGGGGGGAUCUUAACUUAACUUAAAUGAGAAGAGAUUGGAUUUAUACCCUGCCCUUCACCCAGAGUCUCAGACCAGCUUAUACUCCUUUCCCUUCCUCUCCCCACAACAGUCACCCUGUGAGGUAGGCAGGGUGGAGAGAGCUGUUUUGGUAACUACUCUUAAGAGAACAACUCAGAGAAUUGUGACUAACUCAAGGUCAUCCAGCAGCUGCAUGUGGAGGGGAAUCAAAGCUGGUUUUCCCAGAUACAAGUCUGUGCUCUUAACCACUACACCCAACUGGGAAAUCAGUGUUUCUAUACUUGUCAUACUGUCACUUUUGUACUUUUGCUGCAGUAGAUUGGAGAUGGCCAGCAUUACAGCUCUUUUCACGGCCGCAAGCAAAUGGGCACAACUUCAGCACAAUCACCUUGGUUUCUGCCUUCAAUGCAGUGCCUAUAUAAUGUCCUUAACUGCAUGUGCCAGAGGUAGUAAACGCUAAGACUCAAAAAUUUUUCACCUCAAACGGCAAACUCAUUACUAGCUGAAAUUAAAUGUCAUUUUUGUUUAGUAUCAGAUCAUUAAAUAUGUACUUACUACU